GAUCCAUCCAAGGGACAACAAAACAAUGAAGACAAAAGCAACCCCCUGUGUUGUCGCCAAUGCAGCCAUGGAAAGAUCCUUUAAUGCCAUAGCUUUAAUUCCAAUUGACUCACUUUACCACAGAACCCUUCACCACAAACCCUACUCAGCUUUGAAUCCACUUUGAUGGAUUAGGGGAUUUUGCUAACCAAGGUUGCAAAUUUUCUCAAGGGUGAUUCUGGGUUUUUAAUGAACUUCAAAACCCAGUCGGGGAUUUCAAUAUACUUUUCUUUUCUGUCAGUCAUUCUUGAGAGAAGUCUGUGUACUAGUCCUCGGUUAUCUCGAGGUGUUAAAAACAAUAAUGGCUCAAGAGGAUGGAUCAUCAUCUUUAACUUCGUCGCCUCUCCAGUUCUGCUCCUGGAUGUCUUUGUCUCCUGGUUUAGGUUCCCCAUAUCCAUGGCUUCGAGAGCUUAAAUCUGAGGAGAGAGGUUUAUGUCUCAUCCAUCUUCUUGUUGCCUGUGCUAACCAGGUGGCUGCUGGUAGUCUUGAGAAUGCAAAUAUUGGUUUAGAGCAUAUAUCUCACCUUGCCUCGCCUGAUGGUGAUACCAUGCAGCGAAUUGCUGCCUACUUCACCGAGGCACUUGCUGACAGGAUGCUUAAAGGAUGGUCUGGUCUACACAAAGCUCUCAAUUCAACAAAAUUACCAUCAAUUUCUGAGGAAAUUCUUGUUCAAAGAUUGUUCUUUGAGCUCUGCCCCUUCUUAAAGCUUGCAUAUGUUAUCACGAAUCAGGCCAUUGUAGAAGCUAUGGAAGGGGAAAAGAUGGUUCAUAUUAUUGAUCUCAAUUCCUUUGAGCCUGCUCAGUGGAUUGAUCUUCUUCAAACAUUAAGCGUACGUCCAGAAGGACCACCCCACCUGAGAAUUACAGGCAUUCACGAACAAAAGGAGGUGCUAGAUCAAAUGGCCCUUCGGUUGACAGAAGAAGCUGAAAAGCUGGACAUCCCAUUUCAGUUCAACCCUAUAGUUAGCAAACUAGAGAAUCUUGAUCUUGAAAGCUUGCGUGUCAAGAUGGGAGAAGCCCUUGCAGUAAGUUCUGUGCUUCAGCUACAUUCUCUUCUUGCAACUGAUGAUGAGAUGCAACGUAACUCACCAUCAGCAUCCUGGACCCCAAAUUCCAAUCACCAAAGAGUUUCGCGGAUACACCACCGCACUUUAGGAGAGUGGCUUGAGAAAGAACCAGCCAAUAUAUAUGGUGCUAGUCCUGACUCAGCCUCAACAUCAUCCCCUAUGUCCUUGGUUGGUUCAGCAAAAAUGGGCAGCUUUCUAUCUACUCUUUGGGGCCUGUCACCCAAACUAAUGGUGGUAACCGAGCAGGAAUCAAACAACAAUUGCCCGACUUUGAUGGAUAGGGUCAUGGAAGCGUUGAACUUCUAUGCUGCCCUCUUCGAUUGCUUAGAGUCAACGGUAUCCCAAGCAUCAGUGGAGCGACAAAGGGUCGAGAAGAUGCUCUUUGGCAAAGAAAUUAAGAACAUCAUAGCAUGUGAAGGUAUUGAGAGAAAGGAGAGACAUGAGAAGCUUGAGAAGUGGAUUCAGAGGUUAGAACUGGCUGGUUUCGGAAGAGUGCCCUUGAGUUACCAUGGUAUCCUGCAAGCAAGAAGGUUACUGCAAAACUUCCGCUAUGAUGGAUAUAGGGUCAAAGAAGAGAAUGGAUGUAUGGUCAUUUGCUGGCACAGUCGACCCCUCUUUUCAGUUUCCGCCUGGAGGUUUAGACGAUAAGAUUAACAUUAGCCAAGCAUCCACAAAAUUCUGUGUGUUUCUUUUCUUAUUCUUCUGUUUGUAAAGAACCUUGAAAGUUUUUAUUUCUAUGUUAGUUCACAGUGUUCCAGCCAUGAAUUCAAGCAAAUUCAUCUUUACUC